AUUCCUGUUUCAACUUUUAACUAUUCGGUAUUUGGAAACAACGUCGACACUGUCUGAGGUCUGUUGUGUACACAGCAACUAGUGGACAUCAUCUCAUAAUUCCUGCUUUUGUGUCUUAAUUUAUGCUAAGACUGCAGCAGUGACCUGUCAUGGCUGAGAACCAGGGUGUGAGCGCGUUCCCUCUGCCUCCUAUGCAGUAUGCUGUGAUCUACACUGACGAGAACACGAAGAAGGGGAGGACGCCACACCCGCCGCCACCCAUACAGGAUAACUACACCAUGUUUGGAGCUCCUUUCACCGCUGACGAUGCCAUCAUUCGACCACUGGAGGCAUCCGGCUGCAAGCGGCUCUAUCCUCAAAACUACGACCACAAACGUGAACUAAAGAAACUGAACCACUCCAUUCUUGUGAACUUCUUGGACAUGUUAGAAAUCUUGAUCCGUGCCCCGGAGUCCCUGAAGCGGACGGAGAAGCUGGAGGACCUGAACCUGCUGUUCAUCAACCUGCACCACCUGGUGAACGAGUUCCGCCCCCACCAGGCCCGCGAGACACUCAGGGUCAUGCUGGAAGUCCAGAAGAACCAGCGGCUGGAGAUCGCUGACCGCUUCCAGCAGCACCUGGACAAGGUGAAGGAGCUGAUAGAGAACGCGCUGGCCAAGCUCCCCGAGGACGUCAACCUCGACUCCAAGUUGCUGGUUGAGAGUGAGCUGAUGUUGCAGAAUGCAGGCACGCUCAAUGAUGUUUCUGAUGAUGGCGAGCAGUGUGACAGACUGGACAGCAUGAUGUGUGACAUUGUUGAUGGAAUGAGCUGAGGGAGAUGUCACUGUCGAUGUUUGUAUGUCAUUGUCGAUGUUUGUAUGUCAUGUAUGUUGCAAUGUAAUCAUGGGAAGAGUAUUAAACACAUUAUCAUAUACAA